AUGAACAUCCUUAAGUAUGGAAAUAGAGACUACACAUUUAAUAUUACAUAUUCCAUACGCGUUGUUCUUCAUAAUCACGUUCCUACAUUUUCCCUUGAUCGCUUAAUUUUCUUUUCCUUUCUUUCUUUCGUUUUAUUUUUUCUUUCUCCAAAUUCUUUUUCCCACGUUUUCCGUUCAUCGUUUAAUAUUCUUUUCCUUUCUUUCUUUCUUUCUUUCUUUCUUUCUUUCUUUCUUUCUUUCUUUCAUUAUCCGUUUAUCGUUUUUCUCUCUCUCUUUCUUUCUUUCUUUCUUUCUUUCUUUAUCCGUUUAUCGUUUUUCUCUCUUUCUUUCUUUCUUUCUUUCUUUCUUUCUUUCUUUCUUUCGUUUUCUUUUCCUUUUCUUCAUAAACUCUUUCUUUUUUUUCCGUUCAUCGAUUCUCUUUCUUUCUUGACUUACUCUCUUUCACGUUCACAUUUUUCCGUCUAUUCAGAAAUCAACAACUCUUUGUGUCCUACGGCUAAUUCGAAAAAAAAAGCUUUGCCCAACUUCAAUUCUCAUUUUAAUUGUCAUUCAAUUGACUUCGACUAUUUUUGGUUUGUCAGCCUGUGCCACUAA